AUGACCGAACAACCUCGCAUUCUGCGUCCGCGCCCGAGACGAGUAUUCGAUGUGACUCCAGCAUCUACUGAGUCUUCCGGACCCCCAACACCGGCCGAAUCGACGGGCACCGACUACCUGAACCCGCAAGCCGUGGACACAACCUCGAACUCAACGAGCGUGAGUCGCACGGGCUCCGUGAUGAACCUGACCUCCUCGACGCUGUACGGCAUCUACUCGCCCACGGCAUUCGAUGGUAUUCGCGACGAGCCCACCUCCUGGGGCACAGAAGCCACCAGCCCGGAGGCAGAGUUUCCGCCCGAACCGUCGCAGCGCGCAGCAGAGAGAUCGGCCAUCGAGCCACGGCGGAUGGCGCUGCGCCGGACUCGGUCUCGUUUGAGUCAAGGACUGUUCCGUGGUGUGAUCUUGCCGCAGGCCUUGAGCAGUUUGCUGCUCUUUGGCUUCGGUGUGGCUUACGGUGUCAUUACCCUUCAUCUUCAUGAGAACCAUUGGAUUACACCUGUCAAACUGGAGAAUAUCCAUUACUACGAUUCAUGGCAGUACCUGGGCUUCUGGGGACUGGCUGGUAUUGCACUGGGCAAUCUGCUUCCUUGGCUGGACAGCCGGGGCGACGACGAGCUCGAGCAGGCCGAGACAAGCUCUAACGAGGAGGAGAAUGAGGAUCGCACCCCGUCUUGGGUUGCUGUCGCUCGCAGUGUUGGAGCCUUUGUCGGAAUUGCCUUUGCGAUGCGGAGACUCCCAUGGGAAUCUACUACACAGGCAUCAGUCACCCUUGCCCUCGCGAACCCCGUUCUCUGGUAUUUGAUCGAUCGCACCACAACUGGCUUCUACCUCUCGACAACCACUGGCUUGGGCGGCAUGGCAAUCGUUCUCGGCCUCAAGCCAGAGCUUGUGCCUGUCUCGACCAGCCCGACCGUCGGCGCCGGUCUCCUUAAUGGAACAGGAUUAGAGAAUGUGCUGGGAGCAGGCAUCUCACUGGAGAGUUUCGCAGUCCGGACUUGGAUCGCCAGUGUCAUUUUCUGUGCUUGCGUGUGCUUUGGAAAUAUUGGCCGCCAGCUUUCCAUCGGAGCCGGGAUCAGACAUAUCAUGAAGCUAUGA